GACAAAAGUAAGGAUCAGUGUAGAGGAGAGGAGGAGGAGGAGAGGAAGAGAGAGGGAUCAGUGUAGAGGGGAGGAGGAGGAGAGGAAGAGAGAGAGAUCAGUGUAGAGGAGAGGAAGAGAGAGAGAUCAGUGUAGAGGAGAGGAAGAGAGGAGAAGGAGAGGAAGAGAGAGGGAUCAGUGUAGAGGAGAGGAAGAGAGGAGGAGGAGGAGGAGGAGAGGAAGAGAGAGGGAUCAGUGUAGAGGAGAGGAAGAGAGGGAUCAGUGUAGAGGAGAGGAAGAGAGAGGGAUCAGUGUAGAGGAGAGGAAGAGAGAGGGAUCAGUGUAGAGGAGAGGAAGAGAGGAGGAGGAGGAGAGGAAGAGAGAUGGAUCAGUGUAGAGGAGAGGAAGAUAUAGAGUAAAGAGGAGAUGAGAGAGUGAAUCUGAUUGAGGAAAAAGUCGUUGCUGUAAAUGACAACGUGUUCUCAGUCAACUUACCUGGUAAAAUAACGGAUACAUUAAAAAAUAAAUAAAAACAGAGGAGAGGAGAACAGAAGACAUGACCAGAAACAAUGCAAUUACAAUGAGAAGGAUUACCUAGCACACACACACACCACACACACACACACACACCACACAUACACCACACACACAUACAAAGAGACCAACUCAGACACAUGCACAAACACUUGUAAAUCUGUUGACAGAAACACACCAAACACAAACACGCACUCAGAUUUCUUUGCUCAGAGAACACUGUUCGCCAGAGCCAGUUCCAGAUCAAGAGGAAUGUGUUCAAGAGGACGAAAGGCAGCCAGCAUAUUCACACACAUACACACACACUGGACUUAGACCUGCAACCUCCCACUUACAGCGUGCAACAAAUACACACACAUCAUCAGAGCAAGACCAGGAAGACAGAAGUUAACUGAACUGCACUCUACAUACUGCUUUGACAAGAGGUGGACACACUCUUAACAAAGCCAAGUGGACCUCUGCUUGGAGCCACAUUGCAACUUAUCACUUGGCGUGAGCAACACAGUCUCUCAUCUGGUCUGAGCCAGAACAAGUACCUGGAACCUGGAACAUUGACUGUGUCCAACACGUUUGGGGCUUUGACCACCUUCAUCCAGGAAGAUUUACAUACAGAUAGAGACGCGGAUCUGACCUUUGUCUCUCCCCUCCAUCAUUCUCUCUGGUCUCUCUCUGUCUCUCCCCUCCAUCUCCCUGUAUUUCUCUGUCUCUCCCCUCCAUCUCUCUCUCUCUUUGUCUCCUCACUCUUCCAUCCUCCCAGUAUGAUGAUGAGAAGAGAUCGUCUGCUCCUGGCUGUGACCCUCACAGCCAUUUUCACCGCUGACCUCUACUUCGUCCUGCUCCCCAAGCUCCGCCAAAGACAACCAGGACCAGGGAAUGGAGCCUGCCUCUGUCCCUCCUCCAGGGGGACUAACUUCACCCUUGCUGGGUACAGUGGCCUCACUAUCCCAUGGUUCUCCAACAUCUCCUCCAUAGACCUCCAGGGUAAGGGGGUCGGAGCUACGGACGACCCCACAGAUUGGGGCUCGAAGCUGGGGAGGCUGUUUGCUCACCCCCUGUAUAACAUUCAGACACCGGAGCUGGGGCUGGAAGAGAGGCUGAUGCAGUCUGGAGAGCUAAUGGAGUAUUACAGGAGGAAGGUCUCGCACUGGGAACGGCAUAUGAAGCUGUAUAGUGAGGCUGCAGCGGCCCUCAACGUGACAAUGCUGGAACAUCAGGUGACCUUUGACCCUGAGGCCAGCUGGCUGAAGUUCCACCUGGGCAUCAACCGCUAUGCCCUGUAUGCCCGUGAUGACCCCGCCAUCACCCGCCUGCUGCAAGACAUGCAGGCCACUACUGUCAUCAGCGCAGAUUACACUCAAGAUGAAAAGGCCCUCAAAGGAGCAUGUGACUGUACCCAGGUGGUAAAGCCCAGUGGACACCAUCUCAAGCUGGCCCUGAAGAUGCAGAACUUUGGCAAGGCCAUGUUCAAACCCAUGAGACAGCAGAGAGACCAGGAGACUCCUGGUGAUGUGUUCUACUUUGUCGACUUCCAGAGACACAAUGCUGAGAUUGCUGCUUUUCACCUGGACAGAAUCCUGGACUUCCGGAGGGUACCGCCGGUGGUGGGCAGGCUGGUGAACGUGACGGGGGAGAUUCUCCUGACCACUCACAACGAGGACCUAAGGAGUGUGUUCUUUACCUCUCCAGCAAACAACACAUGUUUCUUUGCCAAGUGUCUGUACGUGUGUAAGACUGAGUAUGCAGUGUGUGGGAGCCCUGACCUGCUGGAGGGCUCCAUGUCAGCCUACCUCCCUGGUCUCAGCAUUGCCCCUCGUAUCUCCCUCCCCAACCCCUGGAUACGAUCAUACACCUUCACUGGCAGGGAGGAGUGGGAGGUGAACCCCUUCUACUGUGACACCAUAAAGCGUCUGUAUCCCUACAACUCAGGGAACAGGCUGCUCAACAUCAUAGAUAUGGCCAUCUUUGACUUCCUCAUUGGUAACAUGGACAGGCACCAUUAUGAGAUCUUCACUAAGUUUGGCGAUGAAGGUUUCCUUCUUCAUUUUGACAACGCCAAAGGGUUUGGGAAGCAUUCUCAUGAUGAGAUGUCCAUACUGGCUCCACUGUCACAGUGCUGCAUUAUAAAGCGUUCCACGUUGCUGCGGCUGCAGCUCCUCUCCCAGGACCACUAUAGGCUCAGUGACGUGAUGAGGGAGUCCCUGGGAGGAGACGCACUGCAGCCGGUCCUCGCUGAGCCCCACCUGCAGGCCCUGGACCGCCGGCUGCAGCGUGUUCUGAAGACAGUCCACAGGUGUGUCCGCAGGCUGGGAGAGGCUCAGGUGAUCACCACAGACUUUGUUGAUACCUCCGUCAUGCCUGAGUCUGUCAAACCAGUGGCUAUGCCCAACAAGGAGAAGUAAUUAAGGUUACUAAGGAAUCCAAACGGAGAAGUGCACUAUAGUAGAGGAUUAGGGUGGCAUUUUGGACGUAUCCCCAAGUCCUGCAAGGGAAGGUAACUAUAGACUAAGGACAGCCUGAAGAUCAUAAUGGCAGGUGGUCUCUCUCACAGAGUAAUACAUUCUGCACUCGUUUUCAGUGGUGUCUAUUCAUGGAUGCCAAGGGAAGACUGGCUUUCCCCAAAAUUAAAAACAAAAUAUAUAUAUAUAUGUAUAAAAUUUUUUAUCUUUUGUCUCUCUGUUUUCAUAAUUUUCCGUCAAUUCGCAAGUGUCUGAUUCUCACCGGAGAAAUAUUCUGUGGGAGGGAAGCAGCGCCCCUCUGUCUCAGUAUGUGUAGUAUGUGUAGUAUGUGUCAGUAUGUGUGGUCUCAGUAUGUGUAUCUGAUGCUGUCUGGACCAAAAGAGUAUGACAUGGUGCCGCCGUAGCGUUUGAUUGAUUGAUGUCAACAAGCAUUUGGCCUCCCUUGAUAAAAAAAGUAUAACAUAAUUAGCCAAUCAGUAUUGAGCUGAGCUCAACUGUGGGUUGUACUGCUGCAGCAAAACAGCUCCAAGGGAGCCCAGUUUGGAUUUGGCUUCACACCAAUCAAAUCACAUCCUGAGCAAAACUUCACUGUCAGAAAAGUGUGUGUGUUUCUGGUCUGCUUGUGUUGAUGUCCUGCAGUAGCUAGCUUGCUAAAUCGUCCCUUUCCCAAGCCAUGGAUGGAGAUGGGAAUUUGGACUUGUGAUGCCGAUUCUCUCUACAGGCCAAUGGUUAUGACGGCAAUUCCAAUCUAACCAUAGAUCCAUAUAUUGUGCCACUGGCCUGAGACGAUUGAAGUUCAAUAUGUAGUCUAGUAGUCUCACAAUUAACUAGCUAGCUAACUCAGCUGGUUCAUUGCUACCCAUGCGAGGAAAUUAGGCUAGCAAGCAUUUUAGCUAGGUAGCCUAUGAAAACAAAAACUAGUACAAAACCAUAGAUCAUUCCGCCAACAUGAAAGACAGAAGGACGGCAUUGGCGUUCAGCUAGUCUAUAAGUAGUGAGUCCCCACGCAAGCACACACACACCGACAGAAAUCAGUACCAUGGACAGCCACAUGAUAUUUAGCAAUAUUGAUUGGACAAAAUUGUUUUUGGCAUCUUUGUUUGUUUUCAAUAUUUAACUAAGCAUAUAUAGCCUUGUUGAUUUGAUGAUGUUUAAAUGGUUAAUAUGGAAUGGUGCUGGAAUAGAGGAGGCAGUGCUCCCGUUGUCUUUGUGCUGACAUGCAGUAACUCAAAAUCAGUAGUUGUUCAGUAAACUGUCAAAAUAUUAACUUGCUUAUAUUAACAUGCUGCAGGUCAUAUAACUGUGUGUUACAUGCAAUAUUUUCUUUGUGGACUCCACCAGACAGAUGUUGCUCUUUGGUUUUGUGAUGAAACAAACGUACGUAUGUGUAGUUGAAUUUAUUUCGCCACUAUGUGACUGUUGUCUUUUUGUUGUCACAGCCUUAUUGUAAAUCACGGUGGUGUAUGAACGAAUGGGUUAUAGAGCAAACAAUGCAAGUAUCGCAUCAUAGGUUUACCCCUACCUACAUGUACAAAUGACCUCGACUAACCUGUACCCCCGCAGAUUGGCUCAGUACCGGUACCCCCUGUAUGUAGCCUCGUUAUUGUUAUUUUAUUGUGUAACUUUUUAUUGUAUUUUUUACUUUAGUUUAUUUAGUAAAUACUUUCUUAACUGUAUUUCUCGAACUGUGGAUUAAGGGCUUGUAAGUAAGCAUUUCACAGUAAGGUCUACACCUGUUAUAUUCGGUGAGUGUGACAAAUAACAUUUGAUUUGAUUUGAAUAUAGCUUUUUUACUGGCUUGGCUUCCCCAGUGAUUGUACCCACACAGCGCUACUGCUCGUCUUUCAAGUCCAACGUUUGAAAUGAUACAGCCUGUUUUGUCAAUAGACAGCAGCACUGUCAAAAUGUAUCCUGUGUCCUUGGGCUAUGUGGUCACCUGUAUGCUGUAUGUCACCGGGCACCUUGGAGUACAAACAAGACGUCAUCUUUGGGGGGGUAAAGAGAGAAAGCUAUUUAAAAGAGGUUGUGACUGAGAGAAGGGGGUGAGGGGUGGGGGAGACAGACAGCAUUUAAUCCCUGUCUUUCGGUCUCAUCAGGAGGUAUCUAUCUUUCUGUCUGUCUGAACAGGUGUCUGUCUGUCUCAUCAGGAGGUGUCUGUCUGUCUGUCUCAUCAGGAGGUGUCUGUCUUUCUGUCUGCCUGAACAGGUGUCUGUCUGUCUCAUCAGGAGGUGUCUGUCUGUCUGUCUCAUCAGGAGGUGUCUGUCUUUCUGUCUCAUCAGGAGGUGUCUGUCUUUCUGUCUGCCUGAACAGGUGUCUGUCUGUCUCAUCAGGAGGUGUCUGUCUGUCUGUCUCAUCAGGAGGUGUCUGUCUUUCUGUCUCAUCAGGAGGUGUCUGUCUGUCUGUCUCAUCAGGAGGUGUCUGUCUGUCUGUCUCAUCAGGAGGUGUCUGUCUUUCUGUCUCAUCAGGAGGUGUCUGUUUUUCUGUCUGUCUGAACAGGUGUCUGUCUGUCUCAUCAGGAGGUGUCUGUCUGUCUGUCUCAUCAGGAGGUGUCUGUUUUUCUGUCUGUCUGAACAGGUGUCUGUCUGUCUCAUCAGGAGGUGUCUGUCUGUCUCAUCAGGAGGUGUCUGUCUGUCUGUCUCAUCAGGAGGUGUCUGUUUUUCUGUCUGUCUGAACAGGUGUCUGUCUGUCUCAUCAAGAGGUGUCUGUCUUUCUGUCUGUCUGAACAGGUGUCUGUCUGUCUGUCUCAUCAGGAUGCAUCUGUCUCUUUCGUUGUCUGUUUGUCAGCCCUUUAAGUGGUUUCACAACACCAACCCAACCAUAACACACCCUGACAUAGAUACCUCCUCAUCACAGCUACAGUACUGUAUGUGGACAUGCAGCUUAUCAUAUCACCACAAGCUCUACUUUGUUCUAACUAGUCUGAAACAAAGCUUUGUCUUCAAACAACGUUCUGUUGGAUGCCAUUUCAUCACAUGUCUGGACCUUUUUCUUUGAGCUGUUCUCAUUACUGUCCUGACUAUAAAUCCAAUGCAUCCUGAUGUUUCUGAUGAGGGAGAAUAACCACAACUAUUUUAAAGAGCCUAUAUUAAAUCAUGCCAAAUGAAGUUUGGCUUCUGCCCAACACUACUGAAGGGAGCCUAUGUUUGCCAGUUUUAUAAGGUGUCAGCAUCAAGAAUAAACCCAGAGUGGGUUCUGGGUUUACCAACUUUAUAUGCUUUCUGAUGAAGUGUGUAUCAGUUUCAUUCAACCUAUUUCAAGCUUUUUUGUGGUCAUUGCUCACACCAUCAUGCUUGGUAAUUGUUCAAAAUACUAUUCUUACAAAAAAGUAAUCCACCAACACUUAAACAUCUCAUUUCAGUGACCACCAUCAAUGGGGUGCAUCUCAAUAGUCUGAAGGGGCUUCCUUUAUCUCCUUCCUUCAUAUGCACUGAAACAAAACCGAAUGUGAGGCCCCCCAGGGGAUUUUCCUUCAGCUGUCCUGUCGGUUUAUGUGGGUGUAGUGAUUAAUGGGCAAAAUCUGUCAGGAAGUGGUUGCUGUUAUUAAAUCCUAGAUGCCAUUUCCUGCCGUUGUGCCCUUGAGCAAGGCACUUAACCCCCCACAACAGCUGCCUGGGCACAUAGUGUGCCAGCCCCCCACACCUCUCCAAAACCUGUAUGUGUCUUUCAGAGGGGUUAGCUCAAAUUUGAGUUGGACCUUGUGGGCGAUGGACCAAUAAAGUGACCUUAACCUUAAAGAAAGCACUGAAGACUUGAGGCACUGCCCUCCAGAGUUCAGAGAUGAUAUUGCACCUUAUUUACUACAGGAUACAGUCACUGUCUUCCAAUUGGGACUAUUUCACCCUUAUAGUAUAGACAUAUUCAGACAAACAAUGAGUAAAGACAUACAAGACUCAAAGGUAAUUUUACCUUUUUAUUGCUUAAACUGCCAUCUGGAACAAUCUAUACCAAAAGGAUAAACAUCUUUGCACAUACAGGAAGUCAAACAGAGUACAGUCAUUGGGUAGAAUAGAAAAAGAAUGGUCCUCAGAUGACCUGCAGCUCUCAGAGCCUGCUGCAGGCCCCGCAAACUUGCUGAAGGUCAGGCUAGCAGGAGUGUCUAUGCCCGGGUUACAUAAGCUAAGGCAAACCGGGUGGAUUGCAGUGUGCCUACUAGUGAGCACUAAUCUUGUGAUGUGUUUUACCAUAUCAGUACUUCUAUGUGAAGAAACACCAGCAAACCACUGGUGGGUUGUGAUCUGUCAGCAAAUAGACACCUGCAAUAUUCCAGAACAUCAACCAUUUGAAAGCAAUACAAAAGUUUUGGACCAAGUAGGCAACACUGCAAUCGACUCAGUAUCAUGUUGAUUGGUUUUCCACAUACAUACGGUUACACAAGUCCAUCCAUUCAUCCAUCCAGUCAGCCAUACUGUUUUGUACAUAAGAUUAAAAUGGGAAACAUGACAGAGCCUAAACAAAGACCUCAGAAAGGGAUAAAAGCAUUACUGUAUGUAAGGGUCCUUUCUGUUAGAAAGGGCUGAGGGGCAAGCUGAGGCAGGAAUGAACAGGAAUACAACUUACACUAGAGAUUUCUGCAGCAGUUAGAAGAAAAAGAGCUAAUGACAUGUGUUCUUAAGAUUCAAGGGGUGAAGCCGGUAGUGAAUGACCAACUGUUUGAACGACAGGGGCAGUUUAAGAAUACCAUUUCAUUACACUAUGCUGUAGGUAGGCAUAGAGUAGAUAAAUUGUUUUCACUAUGCUUUAACAGCGAAGAUGCUUUAAAAUAAAGAUAUAAUCAUGACAAUUUAAUCUGAUGUCUGAAUUACCACAGUUGGGAUGCUUUCUAACGCUUUUUAACUUUUGCACUCAAAUACAUAAAUAAUUAAGUCUUAAAACCAUCUACAAUUCAAAUUUAUAUUAAUUACUUUAAAGCCCUUUCGCCUACUUUUAAGAGGUGAACCCAUGACUUUGUCACAAUACAACUACAUACUGUUUUGUCGGUUGACAAGAAUAAGCAUUUAUUUACGCUGUGGCACUGAACACCUAAAAUAGAAUUUAUGGAAAAAUAAGCAUUUACAAAAAGACAUUUAAACGUACUUAACUUUACCAUCACUCCAAACCAUAGCCAUAACAUUAGUUUGUUCAGUCAAUAAAGAACUUUAAUAGUCAUAACUAUAAUAAUUCUGUUUAAAAACAUAGCGAUUAAGUUAUUUGGUGUAUACUGAAAAAUGCUGAAUACUGAAAACCAUUUAAUAAUCUUUCCCCCCCUAUUGUAGCCAAUAAUGUACCAACAAAUCAGAGGUGAGUGUUAACAUGGGGAUACUUCCUGUUUUGAGUUCCACUGCUUCUGACAGAAUAAGAAUCUUCUAUGCGUUCUGAGUUGUGAAAACAAUUAGCUCUAGUUUGGUAGCUGUCCAACAGAGAAUUUUCUGGUUAUAUUAAAUUGUACAAACUCUCUCAAACUAGAUAAAAUAACAGUGAAUUGGAUUGAUGGACCAAUCAAUGGAAACAAUAUGAGAAAA